GACUUCUUCGGUGUUUCUGAGGGUGCUGAACGCGGUGGACAGCAGCCGGAUAGAAACCAGCAAAGAUGGCCUCGGCAACAGCGACCUAUGGACAGAAGGAGGCUUCUGACCAGAACUUUGACUAUAUGUUCAAGAUCCUGAUCAUUGGUAACAGCAGCGUGGGGAAAACCUCCUUCCUGUUCCGCUACGCCGACGACUCCUUCACGCCAGCUUUUGUGAGCACGGUGGGGAUCGACUUCAAGGUGAAGACCAUCUACAGGAAUGACAAGAGGAUCAAACUUCAGAUCUGGGACACAGCAGGUCAGGAGCGUUACCGCACCAUCACCACAGCUUACUACCGAGGAGCCAUGGGCUUCAUCCUCAUGUAUGACAUCACAAAUGAGGAGUCCUUCAACGCUGUCCAGGACUGGUCGACUCAGAUUAAGACGUACUCGUGGGACAACGCCCAGGUGCUGCUCGUAGGAAACAAAUGUGACAUGGAGGAUGAGCGGGUGGUGGGUGCAGACAGGGGCCGGCAGCUGUCCGAACAUCUUGGUUUUGAGUUCUUUGAGGCCAGCGCUAAGGACAACAUCAACGUGAAGCAGACCUUUGAGCGGCUCGUCGACAUCAUCUGUGAAAAGAUGUCUGAGAGCCUGGAUGCUGGGGAUCCUGCCAUUACAGGGGCCAAACAGGGGCCCCAGCUGACAGAGCAGCCCGCCCCUCCUCACCAGGACUGUGCAUGUUAAAGCUGACUCUUUACCUUAACUCUUUCCCUGCUUUUAUUCCCCUCCUUCAGCUGAGCUCCAGGUCUUUGGAUCCUUAGGUUAUAACUUUUUCCACUUCUGCUCCUGCUUAUUUUUGCCAUUUCAUCUGUUGACAAUAAGAGCCAGGCUGAAAAGGGUGUGAAAUGCUGUGAGAUGCAAGCGGUCACACAUUUUAGAAGCGUUUGCAUCUGGUUUUUUUGCGUUAAAGGAGCUGAAGGUGUUAUUUUUAUCUGCAAAGGGUUGGUCUGAUACCAAAUCAAUAAAACCAGAGCAUUUCAGACUCUUUACAGCUUGAGUUCAUGCAGAUGGUUUCCCUGAUCUUCUGUGCGAUUUAACAGAAAAGAUUUGACGGCGUGC